GCCGACAGCGAUUAUGACCUUGUCAAGUACUAGUUAACUAAGUAACAAAGUGCUUCCCAUUAAUGGAAGACGGGGAAGAUGGGAUCUUCCUACAUCUCUUGCUUUAAUUUCUCUUCUUAUUCCAAAUCUGUUACUCUGUUUGCAUCACUCUAUUUCGUAUUGAUUUCUGCAAAUGUGAGUGGAUUUGAUUCACUCAUACAGCUCCUCCCAACAUCUGCUUUUUUGAGGACCAAAUCUGAAACCCUUUUUCGUGUCGACGAUUUCGGAGCUGCCGGAGAUGGCAUCACCGAUGAUACUAAUUCUUUUAAAGAUGUUUGGGAUAUGGCCUGCUCUUCACCGUCAAGAUCAAAGAUUGUUAUCCCUGCUGGAUAUUCUUUCUUAGUUCGAUCAAUUAAUUUUGCUGGUCCUUGCCGGUCAAAGGUGUCUUUACGGAUUGCAGGUACUAUUUUAGCACCAAAGGAUCCUGAAGUCUGGGAUGGCUUGAAUCCACGAAAAUGGCUCUAUUUCAUUAAAGUAAAACACCUGACAGUAGAAGGAGGAGGAAUUAUAAAUGGUAUGGGCCAGGAGUGGUGGACUCGGUCAUGCAAGGUCAACAGAACAAAUCCGUGUCAUCAUGCUCCAACGGCUUUAACUUUCCACAAAUGCAACAACCUGAAAGUCAGGAACAUAAAGAUCUUUAAUAGUCAACAAAUGCACUUAGCAUUUACUGAUUGUAAACAUGUUGCAGUAUCACAACUCAUAGUCUUAGCCCCAGCUGAUAGCCCUAACACCGAUGCAAUCCACAUAAGCUCAUCUACACAGAUCAAUAUCAAGGAUUGCACUAUUGGCACAGGAGAUGACUGCAUAUCUAUUGUCGGCAAUUCAUCACGGAUCAAAGUCAAAAACAUUGUGUGUGGGCCAGGCCAUGGUAUAAGCAUUGGAAGCUUGGGAAAGUCAAACUCAUGGUCUCAAGUUUACAAUGUUCAUGUUGAUGGAGCAUCUAUUUCCAACACUGAGAACGGGGUUAGAAUAAAGACUUGGCAGGGUGGCUCUGGGUUUGUCAGAAAGGUUUCUUUCAAGAAUGUUUGGAUGGAAAAUGUCUCAAAUCCUAUCAUAAUAGACCAAUAUUAUUGUGAUUCUACGGAACCCUGUUCAAACCAGACUUCAAACAUUCGCAUUGACAACAUAUCCUUUGUGGGUAUUAAAGGAACUUCAGCUACAGAAAGGGCAAUAACAAUUGCCUGCAGCGAUAGCUGCCCCUGCAGAAAGUUGUACUUGGAAGAUAUUCAACUUACUUCAUUUUCUGGGGAUCCUACAUCAUUUUUUUGCUGGCAGGCAUAUGGCACAACCUCAGGUUUAAAUUAUCCCCCUCCUUGCUUUCCUUGUAACGAAAAAAAUCUUCAGCCAACAGUUUUAUCCAACUGGAGUCGAUCGACUUGAUGCCUUCUAUUCUAAUAGUACCAAGGCCUAGACCAUAUAUCAGUUGAAAGCUGCUAAAUUAAUUGUCAUCUAUAUUCUUUAUCCUGAGCCAAGCUAGUUAACUUAUCAAGCAAGUGGAACAGUUUGAUCCAUGGCGUACUGAUCAGUAGCUGGUCCAAAAACUGAGGUUUAUGGAAGGAAAUAUGAGUAUUGAUUAAUGGAUCUUAAUUACUUCUGUCAUAUAAUCCUCCUCCUGUAAAUAAAGUGCUCAUUUUUUUUCAUGAAUCUUCACGAAAAGAAGAGAGUAUGAUAUCUAAGAAAUAGGAGUUGCUUCCAUAUAUAUGUAUAUGCUGUGAAGUUGAAUCUUC